AUGAGCUCAUUUCUGACAACAGUCAACAACCGGACAAAGAACCAGUUCCGACCUCGCGCUCCUGGCAAAGGCGGUGCUACGAGUUACCAGCUGCGCCAGUAUGCCGAGGCGACCUUAGGCGGCGGGAGCUUGCGCAAAGUCGUCAAGCUUCCAGAAGGCGAAGAUGAAAAUGAGUGGUUGGCUGUGAACUUGGUGGAUUUCUACAACCAGAUCAACCUGCUCUACGGCGCCAUUACCGAGUUCUGCUCUCCCCAGUCUUGCCCCGAGAUGAAGGCGACAGAUGAGUAUGUACUCGGCAUCAUGAGCGUGAUGCACUGCGCUGACGAAGUCAGGUUUGAGUACCUGUGGCAGGAUUCGGAGAACUACAAGAAGCCGACCAAGAUGCCCGCGCCGGCUUACAUCGAGCAGUUGAUGACAUGGGUUCAGAGCAACAUCGACAACGAGCAGGUGCUUCCGACCCGGAUCGGUGUCCCGUUCCCCAAGCACUUCCCAUCGCUCGUCCGCCAGAUCUUCAAGCGCAUGUACCGUGUGUAUGCCCACAUCUACUGCCACCACUACCCCGUCAUCCGUGAGCUCGGGCUAGAGCCCCACCUCAACACCAGCUUCAAGCAGUAUGUGCUCUUUAUCGACGAGCACAACCUCGCCACCGGCAAGGACUAUUGGGGCCCUUUGGGAGACCUAGUGGACAGCAUGCUGCGCAGCGACUGA